AUGUCUGGAGCAGUAGAAGCCAAACACGCAUACCAAAGCUCUUUGGCCAGGAGAGACGCAGCUCUGUUGGGAGUGGAGUACGUGGGUGUUUGAGGAAAUGAAAAGAGUACUAACUGCAACCUGGGGGCUGGCAUAUGACUAAGAUGGUGUCCAUACAAUAGGGCAAGAUCAAAUACCAGUCAGAACACAAGCAAAUGCUUGUUUAGAAUCUGGAUUCUUUCCUUAUAAAAGAAGAAAAAAAAUGCCUUCCCUGGGUGGGAAAGUGCAGACCGUGUUGGGCCUUGUGGAGCCAAGUCAGCUUGGCUGCACCAUGACCCAUGAACACUUGUCAAUGAACUACAGCUGCUGUUAUGUCCCGCCUUCUUCAGACCAAGAAGCUUUGUCUGAUGGGCCCAUUGAGAUGAAGAACUUGUUUUGGAUUAAACAGAAUCCCUACAGCCAUAAAGAGAACCUUCUUCUGUAUCAGGAAACAGAUGCUGUAAAGGAAGAGCUAUUACAUUAUAAGGCAGCAGGUGGUGGGACUAUAGUGGAAAACACAACCAUGGGUAUCAGCCGAGAUGUAAAGACUUUAAAGAAGCUUGCUGAGGAAACCGGGGUCCACAUUAUUGCCGGGGCUGGGUUUUAUGUGCAUGCCACUCAUUCUUCUGAGACACAAGCUAUGUCAGUGGAGCGGCUUACAGAUAUUAUCGUCAAUGAGAUCCUCAGUGGAGCUGAUGGAACCGACAUCAAGUGUGGUGUUGUAGGAGAAAUUGGCUGCUCAUGGCCUCUGACUGAGAGUGAAAACAAAGUACUGCAGGCAACAGCGCAUGCUCAGUCACAGCUGGGCUGCCCCAUUAUAAUCCAUCCUGGCAGGAAUAGCAAUGCCCCUUUCCAGAGUAUUCGCAUUCUGCAGGAGGCUGGGGCUGAUAUCUCAAAAACAGUCAUGUCUCACCUUGACAGGACUAUAUUUGAUGAGAAGAAACUGCUGGAGUUCGCUAAACUUGGAUGCUACUUAGAGUAUGACCUCUUUGGUACAGAAUUGCUUCAUUACCACUUCCAUCCCGAUAUUGAUAUGCCAAGUGACAAUGAAAGAAUUGCAAGGAUUCGGAUGUUGAUUGAUGAAGGCUAUGAAGACAGAAUUGUAAUUGCUCAUGAUGUGCACACUAAGAAUCGAUUGAUGAAAUAUGGAGGUCAUGGAUAUUCACAUAUCCUCAAAAACAUGGUUCCUAAAAUGCUAAUAAGAGGCAUAUCCCAAAAUAUAAUUGAUAAGAUAUUGAUUGAGAACCCAAAACGGUGGCUGACUUUUAAAUAGGGCUCAUGAUUAGCUAUUCACAUCUUGUAUGUAAAGCUUGCUGAGAAAAGUCAGAUUUGUUUCAAUAGAGUGGUCAUUUUAAAGCUAGGUUCUUUUGAGGAAAACUUGUGUGAUGUUCGUAAGACCCCCAAAGAACAGAUAAUCACUUCCCUUU